AUGAGGCACGGUAUAGUGGCCCUUGUGGCUUUAUUUGCUGCUACAUCAUGCAUAAUUGGAAACGCUUUCUAUCAGAAGAAGCAGUUUUUUCCCGCCGUAAUCUAUCUUGCGAAGUACCGACCAUUCUUCGCGGUAUGUUUGGGAUGAUUUCACGAAGAGUACAGGUCAUACUGGCUCAGUGCCUUACUUUCCUGGUAAUGAUAGCUAAAUGUAUCUGCUGGCUAUUCUUUGGAACCCUUCAACGUUCCGAAGUUGACGUAAGUAAUGCAAUUUUUCAGUUAACUUUUGCAGAACAUACUUUCACGGGCGUGGUACACGUUUUUCGACAUGUGCUUGGUGUUUGCGUUUUUCCAGGACGAACUGAACACGAAGUUUAUGUUUUUAUUCACAAUAAUUUUGUUCGUGAAAACUUUUCAUUGGCUUCUUGAGGAGCGAAUCGAAAACGUAAGCAAAUGCCAUUUAAUUUGUAACUUUCUCAGAUGGAACGCACGCCCGUUAUAACCUUGUCAUUUCAUUUGCGGAUCACAAGUAGAACUUUUGAAUUCUCCAUUCAUAAAGUCCAUUCUAGCGUUUAUCUGCCUACUGGCAGCGAUCGAUAUAUUUCACAUUGCCUACUUCUAUUGGGGGACGGACGUGAGGAUGUUAUCUUCGCUUGCGGUUGGAGCUGAGGUUCGUCAUCCCAACGCUUUACGAGACCUUACAAUUUCUAAAUUAUUUUUUGACGUCGAAUUGUAGCUGGCAUUAGAAUUAGCCGUUGUUGACCACUAGGAUAGCCCCAUGCUUUCCAUUCUAAACCUACUCACUGCAUUCGCCUCGCGCGGAACCACUUCUUUGGCAUACCUCGUUUUUUAUCUUUUAUAUGUCCUCGUGGCCUUUUAGUGUUGCUGUCUCAGUUACGUAUACGAAGUUCUACUUCAACUCAAGUUAAGCCACUCUACAUAACAGAAGCGCAAGCUGUACUGCAGUUUUUCUGCCGGUUCGGCUACCCCGUUCAUAUUCACUAAAAUGAGUCGCGCGGUUUUCUGCGGGACUUGUUCGCAUAUCAUAGCAUCCUCGUAGGCUUACUCGUCUAUUGCCACUGGACCUGCUCCCGUCACCACCCAGCACUCUGUCAGCAGGGGCGAGAAAGCUGUUACAUUAAUUCGCAUAUUUCAGUCGUUUGAGCUACCAGCAGUAAAUAACACUGAAAAAUAGUAGCACUCAUCAAGCUUUGACAUCGUACUAGUGUUGCAUAUUUCUCGGCUUCCAAUCAUAGGCUUAUUUUUCGUAACCGAUUUGCCGACAUAGCUGACCAUGUGCUCAUUCCUCAGUUGUGAAAUUUUUCUCAUUUCAUCCAUUUCAGUAUUAUAUCCUGCUAUUUGGACUCUUUUCGACAAUCGUACGCUACAUUCUUCAAACAAUUAGCUCAUUGCGUGACUCUCCAUGGGAUCAGAAAGCAAUGUAUAUGCUUUAUGCUGACAUUGCGGUUGGAUUAUUCCGUUUGAGCUUCUACUUAGAAUUCGCGCCAAUUUUGUGGUCGCAUCAUCCCUUCCCACUCUUCAUGGUCAGACCAAUUUAUCUGAACUUCCGUUUCUUACGGAAAACUGUCAGAGUAAGUCUAAAGAAUUCUUUAGUUAUUUUUGACCAAGACUUCUAUCCCACUCCACCUCUUCAUGAAGCCCCCCCCCCUUUAAACUACAUCCUCGAACUUGCCAUCAGCCCUCAUCCACCUCGUAUGACUCACCAGUUUAAAGAAGCUCGCAAUUUGUCACUUUGGUCCAGGUUCUCUGAACGAUCAUUCUUUUGUCGUAGCAUAUCUCUUUUUACAAUCACAAUUUUAGUAUUAGUAAGUCUUCGCCGCAUGCAAAAUUUACUUUGGCAUCGAUUUUCCGUUAAAUUGACUCACUUUCUUAGUGUUUGGGGGUUUUGUACUCGUUGGUUAGGAAGGGUCGUCCACGCACUCUUAUAGAGGGAAUGCCGCGAACAAAAGAGACUGAAAUGGUCAUUUCUGGCAGCCAUCCCAAGCUCCAAGGCAAAAAGGACCGAGCAUGUGCCGUACUGUAACCAGUUCGGUGGACAUUUCCUCCGUGUCAACACUCUUAUCAUGCACAGCAGUUACAGCACACCCCCGUUUUAUUUUCGAAGGUUGUGGACUCCGGCGAAAUAUAGGCCGUUCAUUUUCGCUCCGAGGAAGAGACUACCGGAAAGAAGACUAGAACAUAUGGAGAUAAGAUCAAAAGUAAAGGCACGAAUGGUGGCGAAAGUUCGAGUUCCAAGUGUGUAAUUCAAUUUGGGGUAGGAGAGUAGUCAGGCACCAGAGCAAUUUGUUUAUUUUUCUGAGCCUUCGGACUCAUUAAGGUGCCGUAGUAGGAGAUGAAAGCGGCGACGGAAAAGCGACAGUUGUGAGGGAUAUCAACCCUUAAACGACCAGGGCCGAAGACAUGACUAGCAUUAUCUCUGGAAAGAUGGUACAUCUGACGGCCUAGAUAAAGUCGGGGAGAAUCUUGCUUACCCCAACCUUUCAUUCUAAUCUGCCUACCUCUACCUACUAGCAUUUCGGAAUUUCUGGAGUCUUUUGCUUAUCACGUACUCAUACUGAAUGGUCACACGGCCUGCUUGCCUCCUCUCUAAUCCGAGAUUCAAAGUAAAGAAUUAUGUGUUGUUAAUAGGAGCGUAUCUACUCAUCAUUUUAUUCACACACACCACUGUUUUCAUUUGCCUGCCGGGUGCGUAUUGUGUUUUGAUUUUUGUGACCAGACCGUCUGCAGUCAACGGAUAUGUUUUAAUUACCGUAAUCAACAACACACGUAGUCUCUAGUUUAUGCAUUUUUACUUCACGCACAUUAUCGCUUACUAAUCUUGGUCUUGUCUCAUCAGGAUCUCCUAAUGUCUCAGCGUGCUAUCAGGCUGAUGAAUACAGUCUUUCAGGACAUUACUGUUGCUGAGUUAGCAGCCUCUAGCGAUACUGUCUGCAUAAUUUGUCGUGAAGAGAUGAAUACGGUUGCUGCCGCCACACCUGCCGAUGGCGAAGCCGCCCAACAGCAACAACCACGCCCAUCGGGCACAGAAGUCGCAACCUCUAUCAAACGCCUGCCCUGUUCACAUAUCUUCCACGCAACCUGUCUGCGUUCAUGGUUUCAACGACAACAAACCUGUCCUACCUGCCGGCUGAAUGUCUUGCGCGGCCCUAGACAGGCGUCGCAACAGGGACAGCGGCAACAGCAGCAGCAGCAGCAGCCAGGGCGCGGCGAACAACCAGCCGCCCAGCCCAGGCCGACGACGACUACCUCACAGUCACCCUUGGAUUCAGCGUCUUCCACAAACGCCGCUGCCGCCGACUCUUCACGACCUGCAUUUCCCACCACUGCCGGUGCCGGAUUUGUGAGUUCACCUUGUUCGCGAUCGGACUGCCCGUCCAAUUUGCUUCCAUCUUUUUUUCAGGCCUAGACAACGUUCUAGUAUAUGCAUUUGUGCUUGCAAGAAGUUAUGCAUCGUUCACGGAUCGAUUGACUCAGGAUCAACACGUUUGACCCAUUUGUACGUGCAGACUGUUAGAACUAUAACAAUUGUAAUCAGUACUGCACCAUUUUGGCUCGUAGAUAGCAUGUGCUUUUAUACUUUCAGGGCGAUAAAAGUGCUAAAGUACUAUCCAGGACAGUGCAGGCGAAACAGUUAUCUCUGUCGUUUCCAAGCCGUUUGUGAACUGCUGAAAUGUGCACGCCUAUUUUAUGUUUAUUUUUGGAACUGUUAUUGAGUGAUGUUUUUAACCUCCCCUCAUCUCUUGUUGACUGAGUGAACUGCUAGCAAACGGCGUAUAGUACCGAAAGUGUGCUUCUACUUCUUCAUUUUUCGGAUGUUUAGCUCUACCUAGUCUUAAGUGUCAAACUUUAAGAAGGGAUUGUAAUGACCCUAUGCCAUACGAGCCAUGACUCGGCAAGCGCACUCUAUAGACUGUCGACGCUCGCAUUUCUUCAGGCUUCUUCUCGGAUAUUUAUAUCUUGUGUUGGCGGCUCAAGAUGAGCCUUCAUUUUCCGACAAGCAGUCCGCAUUUUGAUAUUUCAACCAAUGACCCAUAGCUAUUUUCUGGACAAAGAUCUACUUCUUACGUUUUGCGGUGUAGACAGGAGGUUAUUUAGAAGCACACUUUGAACGUUUUUAUUGAAGCAAGCUUUUUUGUCAAAAACGCGACAAUUUGUUUGUGAUCCUUAAUUUUGGAAUCUCUACUUAUUCGUGCUGUUUACUGCCAAUUUUUCCCAGAGCCCUAGCUUCUUUCCAGCAUGGCCUUCAAUGCCAAAUCCAGCAUCUGUCCAACCUGGCCAAAUGCCCUGUUCGUUUCCGUCUCCAUUUGUGGCACCACCGAUAAUAAUCCCAGGUAAUUUUACAAAUGAAUGCGCAGUCCAGUAAGAACUCAUUGCUGACGCCACUUUUGUCUAUCCCUGCAUCUCGUUGGUGCUGCAAAUUUCCCCUCCCCGUUGGGGCACUCAAUUUUUACAAGAGUUUUCCCACUGCAUCGUAUGCUCGACUUCACUGACUAGUUUUAACAGCCAAUGGCAAUAUUGUUACGUCGAUCUGCCGUGUUUUCCUGAAUCUGAUUGUAGGCUGGUCACCACCUAGAGUUAGUAAGCGACCAAAAGCAUGAUAACAGCGGUCAAUUGUCAAUGACGAAGGGGCGGCUAUGACAGCAACUAUCUCAAGCUUCUUAUGCCCCCAGCCAUCCAUUCCUGUGUAGAUAACCAUCUGAUUGACUCCAAAGCACAUCGACUAAUUGGGAGGCGCAGGUAGAACUUCAGCUCGAGGAUACUGCUGACUCGUAGAUUAAGUGACAUUUGUCCAGGGCAAGUGAUGUGAGAGGGGCUCAUGUGUGGUAUGUAGUGAUGGGGCUUAAUUCGCGGCGGCUUACCGCAGAUUUUAAUGGAGGCGCUUGUGGGCAAGUAGGCCCAUACGAUGACUAAAUGUACGUAAGUAGUGUGGGCAGUUGAGGCGUGUGCGACGGACGUAUGUUGGUGUUCCGGGCACUGGUUCGCCAGUCUCAGUGCUAUGGUUCCGCAAGUGGCCGAUCAGAUCGACGCGUUAUGUGCAUAUGUGGUGGCAACGGGGUCAGAAUACGUUGGUUGCUGUUGUAUUGGUGACGGUGGGGAUAUUGCUAGCGGUGGCGACGCUGAUAGGGGGGGGGCUGUUAGUAUUGCUGGAGACGGGAAAGUUGUCGGAUAUGCAAGGCAUGGUUGGGCUGUCGACGUCAUGGUGAAUUUCGUCGUGAGGAUUGCUGCAGGAGGUGACGCUAGAGACCUUUUCGGAGACAGCAGAUGGAGUUGUCCAUGUGUUGUUGCAUUGGGCACGAUAUCCGAUGAGAUCGAUCUGGGCGCGAAAUGUCCAUUGGCGGCGUGAAAACGCCGAAAGUGUUGGGGUGUGUAGGUUGGUAGUCUGGGGCGCUUGCGACUUGCGAGCUGACCUUUAAGCUUUGGAAUCGACGAUCCGAUUGACCUUGUAAAUUGCCGCCCUAACCUUUAUCGCGUUUCUCCAGACAGGUCGAUCCUGGUCUAGGUCUUCUCAAGUCGACUUGCAAACCCAUGAGAAUGGUGUGUUCCAUCUGCACGCCAUGGCUUGCCACCUCCUGUUGUGGGCCCAACCUUCACAUGGCCAGCUGGUGCUCAUGCAUUCACGUUUGUAGCUGCCGCCCGGUUUUUCCAGCGCAGUUGCACAUCCGGCUGCUACACUGAGGUCGGUAGACAGUGGCCGACGUCUAACUAGGGGUAGCGUCUUUUGGCCGCAUUACUUGCCGGCGGACUGUUGAGUCAGAUCUGUGAACAACUAUUCCGAGUGCCAAAAGAGAUCUAGCCACGUCCUCGGAGGCCCUUUUCUAGAACACAAUCCUCCUGCAUGAUUUCGGCAGACUACGCUCUUUCUUCCGCUUCCUUUGUUGUACCCGAAUCCGUUCAACGACUGCCCGCGGAUGGCCGUUGGCACUGAAGAGUUCUCGAAUAAACGUCGUCUCGUCCCGUUUGGUGAUUAGCGAGGGAGGAGUAAGUAGUCACUUUAGCAGCCUAUGGGGGCGAGAUGGAGCUUGUUGUUUGUUGUGUUUUUUAUAGAGCGAGUUUUGCAUCUACUAGUCUCGGUCAGCUUGCAGGUGUGCGUAAUUUCCCAACAUGCUAGGGCACCUUUUCUGGUCCCGUCCCUCGCGAGGGCGUAAGCAGUUCUACCCCUAAGUUUGGCUGCUUGGACACCCCAGACGGCUGCCAGACUUCACCAUGGGUCACGGCUUUGUUAGCCUAGUACAUAUAGUGGGGACCAGAUCGCGUGUAGCACUCGUCGACGGUCUGUUGAACUUUGUCAGCCCUUGCACUCGAGACCACGUCUGGCCGUCCUACCAUUGGUGCCAGGUGGGUAGGGGAGGAGAGAGUGCGGUAGGUGUCGCGAAAGUCUGCCUUGAUAUAAACUGAUUCGCGCGCAAGUCACCGUGAUAUGCGCAUCCCCUAGACCAAGUGGUGAUCGUCGUCGCUGGCGACGGACGGUCAAACUUCAUAGAUGUUGUGGGUUCGAAUCCCACCGAGGCGUCGAGGUUUUCACAGUUGGGUCAGUAUGAAACUUUCGUAGCUUAUGUUACCCGGCCUAAUUUUGAAAUUUCUGUCCUACACUAGGCGUCUUGUUUUGCAUCGAAAAUUUAUAAUUUGUGCCUGAUUAAUCAGUUUCACUUCGAUGCUGCCUGGAUGUUCGUCUGGAGUGUAUUCAUCCCACUUGUCCGCCCUAUCUAUCACUGUUUCACUCUCACCCAGUGUUCUUAUUUACCUCUGGGUCUUGUUUAUUGUUCGUUGUUUUUUGGAACAAUCUCUGAAUAUUUCUAAUGCCCUAUUAACUACAUUUGCCAGAUCGCAUUGGGUGGGAGAAAGACCAUUAUUAUUAUUAUUAUUAUUAUUAUUAUUAUUAUUAGUAUUAUCAAAGCACUCAUUCCAUAACUGUCUACUUUAAUCUAGGCACGGUGCCCUUCCCCUGUCUGUCACCGCUUAUGCCCACACCGCCGGCGGACUUGGCUCAGCCACCCGAUGAGGCUCGCCUCAGGGCCAGCGUUGAGGCCCGCGUAGCUCUGCUGCAACAAGUCCAAACCCUCCUCGACGCUGCAGUCCUGCAAAUGAAUGCCUAUCUGGCGGUGGUUUCUCACCCGAGCCUGGUCUUGCCGAACAGCCCUCCGCCAAGAUCCACCUCCACCCUUGUCCCAUCAUCAGCUGUGGACCCCACUAAGGAAAAGAGGUACUACUUGAUACUGCACAUUUUCUUCAUUAUCCAGCAAAAUGAAACACAUCAUAGGGAACUUUGCCCACAAAUUUUGACAUGCCAGAGAUUCCUGUGGCAUCCAGUUUCGUCGGCAUCAAUGUUUGGUCAACUGCUGUCGCAACCCAUCGUUACAAAUCUGCCCUAACAUGAAAGUCCCCCAAAGCCCUCUGUUACCUGCUUUUUGCCUACCGGCUGUUGUAAUUCCGUUUGCCAAGUCGUUCGCAUUCUACGACGAAAGUUCGCAUUUAACCUGACACACGCUGGACUCUAGUUGUCUACUGUACUCAAUUACUCCACCGCAAACGCUCUUUACCAGUCAUCGGUAUUGGCAAUCACCUCAGUGCUGACCACGAGACCAACACAAGUUAAUAGCAGAUCGUAAUGUGGCUCAUCUGGUCGCCGUUUUGCGCCGACACAACCUGGCGUAAGUGGAGCUUACAAGUUGGCCGAGUCCCUUCCGCAGAACAGACUUGCACUUGCACUGUAAGUAUUAAUGGAGGGAAAGAAUCUGCAAGUCAAUCACACUCAUUCAACUCUCUUUUUAGCCCUGCAAAGGUGGAAUGUGCGACAGAGGAGGAGGAGGUUUCCACGGCGGCCAAGACGCCAUCGGUCAACCCAGACCUUGCCGGUGACGGUAAUUCAUGCAUGCUUCAUUCUCUUCUUUCAAGCUUGCUUAUUUGUGUCUUCCAUGUUGAUCGCAGAGAUCCGAUCCUGUUGUGUAACUUUAUGACUCCUGAAAGCAGCCAUUGCCCAAAACAUUGAUGUUUGACACGUAUGACAGUUUGACAGUAUUCGAUGAUGUCCACCUUGUGCCCAGGGUGCAGGGACAGUGACUUACACGUGAACUGGUUUAUAGUGAUGGCCUACCUUCCCUGCGCCUAACCCGUUCUCCGCUCUCGCCCUCCUGUGCCCUGUGUUCUUGGCAGAGUCAAGAAGACCGGAGACGGGAAAGCACACCGGUUAAUGGCGCGGCGGGGAUCCGCACCUAGGCGCGUCACUACACUCCCUGGUCCGCGCACAAAGGACCUGGGUUCCAUACAACAAGAAAGAUGGAUGGUGACUCGGAUCCCAACUGAGUGGGAGUACCAUAAAGGCCACAUUAGGAAGGGGCCAUCGCAGUCCGCUACCCAGUCCACCACCACACGCUAACACAACUGAGCUGACUGUGCCAUCUGAGUUGGCAAACUUUCAAGCCAUGGCUUUUAAUGCACCACGAUAGUCUUGAACGUUUCAAGUUGUUUAUAGUGAAGAAUAUGCACAGAGAGUCGACUUAACUCUGCCCUUCCCCGUGCACCAAUCGAUUUUCGGAGCCGGUCGAUCAGCUGAUGCUGAGGUUGGGGAACUUGGCUGGCAGAGCUAAGAACAUUCCGUCUACGCGUGCCACACACACGACCUGGCACACGCCAGCUUUUUCUUGCUACCUCGCCCGUUUCAUAGUUCACAACUUUAGUAACACUCUUCCCACUUCCCCACGUAGAUCUCGACGUCUUGCGCAAACACCGGCUGGAAAAGUUGAGUCCAAAGCAUCCUGCGGACGAACCCACUGUUUCUCCCGAGAUUAAGGAUACGGCUAAGGAAUCAGACAAACCAUCAGACGACUUACCUAAAACAAACUAG